AUGAAGCCACAUCAAUCAUAUAGAGAGUGGGUAGCCGAUCUCCGCGGAUUGGCAAGACAGUGUAACUUUUCGUGCUCAGCCCAGAAUUGUUUACACAAUUUCGUGGAUGAUAUGAUUCGUGACCAAAUUAUUAUACGUACACCUCACGAUGCUGUGCGCACGGCUGCGUUCCAAAAGCCCCAGCCAACACUUGCUGAUGUUUUACAGAUUGCAGAAUUGUACGAAACAACCACUAAAACGGUGGCAACAAUUAAAGAACAAACGAUCGAAAACUCAAUGCCUGUUAAUUCAGUUGGUGAUGAAAACAAGAAGAAAGAUUACCGUCGUAAAAGUCACAACAUUGGUACUGUUGAAACAAUUAACAGUUUAACAGGUAUUGUAAAAACUGAAAGCAAUAAGAAUUACAUUGACUUGGAAAUUUGUAAUAAAAUUGUGUCUUUCCAAAUGGAUUCUGGUGCAACAGUUUCUCUAAUAAAUAAGCGAACAUUCAAAACUCUAAAUUGCCCAAAGUUGCGGAAUUGUACAAAAACCUUAUUUGGUUUUGGCAAAAAUGAAAUUCCAGUGCUUGGUGAACUUUGCGUAGAUAUCAAAUGUGGCGGAAAAGAAAGGGAAGUGGUAAUCGUUGUCGUGGAUGUCGAAAACUGUAACAAUUUAUUCGGUUUCGAUUUAUUCAAAGAAUUCGGGUUUGAGAUUCAACAAAUUUGUAACAUUACUGAAAGUGAAUCACACAGAAUUAGCGAGCUGUGUAAGAAAUAUGGUGAUAUUUUUGAACCAGCUCUUGGCACAAUAAAAAACUUUAAGAAAGUCGAUCGAUUGACAAAUGCGGGUAUUUGGAAACCUGUGAAGUUUUCCCAAUGGGCUUCGCCUAUUGUACUAGCGCCAAAAGCUGAUGGUUCCAUAAGAAUUUGUGGGGAUUUUAAACAAGCAGUCAAUGCGCAAAUUGACAUUGAACAAUAUCCUUUGCCCAUACGCGAAAGUCUUUUCCAUAAAAUUAAUUGCGGUCAACAUUUUACAAAAAUCGACCUUAAGGAUGCGUAUUUACAAAUGGAACUCGACGAUGAAGCAAAAACAAUAAUGGUUGUCAACACUCCACUUGGGUUAUUCCAAUACCAACGUUUACCGUUUGGAAUUGCAAGCGCUCCAGCUAUAUUCCAAAGAUAUCUUGAGCAGUUACUUCAAGGCGUAGAAGGUUGCGGUAAUUAUCUCGAUGACAUCAUCAUCUCCGCACCUACAUUCCAACAACACAUCAGCCGCCUAGAACAAGUACUUCGUAUUUUGCAACAAAAUGGUAUAUUGCCAGAUGAGUCAGGACUAAAAGCAGUCAAAAACCUGCAGCCGCCUAAAGAUCUAAAGCAAGCAGAAGCAUUCAUGGGUAAGGUAAACUACUACCAUAAUUUUAUACCUAAUUUUUCGCAAUUAUCCGCGCCAAUCAACAUGCUGCGCCGAAAAAAUGUUAAAUUCACAUGGGGUACAGCACAACAACAAGCAUUUAUAGCUCUUAAAACGCAUAUUCUCAAUGCAGCGCAAUUAGCACAUUAUCAGGAAGAUUUACCGUUGGUUCUAGCUACAGAUGCCUCCUCCUAUGGCAUAGGAGUCGUGCUCUCGCAUACGUACGUUGACGGUACAGAAAGGCCUAUUGCUUUUGCAUCUAAAACUCUCGACAUUCAUCAACGACGAUAUAGUCAGAUAGAGAAGGAAGGACUAGCUAUCGUUUUUGGAGUCAAGCGUUUCCAUCAAUAUUUAUACGGAAGAAGAUUCACCUUGGUUACUGACCACAAACCUCUUGUUAGCAUUUUUAAUCCAAUUCAGCAGUUGCCGUCGAUGACGUCACAUCGUUUACAGCGAUGGGCUAUUAUACUAAUGGCUUAUCAGUAUGAUGUUCGGUAUCGUAAAACUACUGAGCAUGGAAAUGCCGAUGCUUUAUCUCGUUUACCUGUUGGUGAAGAUAAAACUUUUGAUCAUGAGGAAUCCUGUUUCAACAUCAAUGAACUUAACACACCUAUCGACGCUGAAAUAAUUCGUCAGCAUGCCAAAAAUGACCCAAUUCUUCGCCGAGUUUAUUUUCUCGUUACAAACGGUUGGCCUGAAAAGCUAAUGCCUCAAGAUGCUGAUCUUCGAUCAUUUUUCAAUCAUCGCUUUGCUUUAAUACUACACAAUAAUUUGCUUUGCCUCCAGACGGAGUACAACCGGGUUGUCAUUCCAGCCUCCCUUAAGCAGAAAGUUCUUAAACUUCUUCAUGAUGGUCAUUGGGGAGUAUCGAGAAUGAAACAGCUAGCUCGACAACAUGUCUGCUGGCCUGAAGCUGAUCGACCUUGGGAGAGAGUACAUAUCGACUUUGCUGGUCCAUUUUGUAAUUCAAUGUGGCUAAUUUGUGUCGACGCUUUCUCGCAAUUUCCGUUCGUUGUACAACUAUCUACAACAACAACGGUUGACACUAUAUCAGCAUUGUCUUCUAUAUUUUCUCUGGAAGGUUUACCAGAAACCAUCGUAAGUGACAAUGGUCCGCAAUUUACAGCUGAAGCAUUCAAACAUUUUUGCUCAAAACUUGGCAUCAAACAUAUAACAACAGCGCCGUUUCACCCAGCCUCAAACGGGUUAGCCGAACGAUUCGUCAGAUCUUUUAAAACUGCUGUUCAGAAAAACAUUGACGAUGGAUUGUCUCUCAAAUUCGCUGUAUCAAAAUAUCUUGCAACAUAUCGUGCAAUGCCGAAUGCUGAGGGUAAAUCACCUGCAGAACUUUUACAUGGAAGGCCUGUUCGUACCUUGUUGAGUCAACUGUUUGAAUCGCCUAGGAAGCACCUUGAAGCUUCGAAACGGAAAAUGAAAUUCAGUCUAAAGCAACCCGUCUUCGCUCGAAACUACGCAAGAGGGGAAAAAUGGAUAAAAGGAGUUAUUGUGAAACAACUUGGUAAAAUGGUUUACCGAGUGAACACAUCUUUUGGUUACAUCAAACGUCACGUUAAUCAGCUUAAAACUAGAAGUAGCUUUGACCUGUCUUCACAACCAAUUUUUGAAUUCACUCCAAAUUUCAUCAAUGCCACACCGCCUUCAUCUAGCCAAUCAACAUUAAUGCCUAGUGAAGAACGUUCUACCGAAGUAGUUCAACUUCGAAAAAGUGGUCGUAUUCGGAAGAUACGAAAAAAGUCAAAUACCUAUACAAAAAUAAAAAAAUAUAUCAACAACAUCAGAAGAGCAUCAAAAGAAUCAAAAGAAAAACGCUAUCAACAACAGUUACAGCAGCAACAACAGCAACAACAACAACAACAUGGCAAUGUAAAUAACUUCCGCUCAUAA